GGAUUGGCAACACUGGUUGUGUUUCAUAGUUACGUUACGAGAUACAGAUAGGUUAUGUUGUUAUUAGUGUUGAGUGUAGAUUCGUGUUUUCUUAUUUCUUUGUUAAUGAAGUGAAGAAAUAUUUUAAUUCUUAAACAUGAAAAGACAAUCAACAGAAAAAGUGGAGGAAGGAGUCGUUAAGAAAUCAAAAAGAUAUAUGUCAGUGAAUAAACUAAAUGAAUGUUGUUCACAAUUUUUAAGUAACAAGAAGCAUGCAAAUGUUUUAAUAGAUUUGUUAAAUCAACUUCAAAUACCAACAGAAACACCUGUGGAAUGUGUAACUGCAGUGGAAAAUGUUUUUAUUGAAAUUUUAAAGAGAAAGGAUAUAACAAAAAGUGAUGAAGACAACAUCAGUGAAGCAGAAUGUCAGUACAAGGAGUGGCUUGGAAAUUGCUAUGAAGAUGCAUGGAUUAAGUUGGCAUUGUGUUUGCAAAAAGGUAGUUCUGAAUGUAAGCUACAGGCACUGAACUCCAUGUUCCAGCUACUAUCGAAUGAAGCUAAGUUUCCUCUUACUCAAGAAAAGAAAAAGAAACGAAAGAAGAAUUUUUUUCCAGUAAAGAGAUUGAAGAUUAUACUGGAGUCGUUAUCAUUGUCUUCAAAUUUAAGUACAGAUCUUUCCAAGAGGUUUUCUGAGUUUUUGAGUUAUAAAGAUGUAGGUAGUAAUCUUUGGCUGUCUCUGGAAAGUUUACUGAAAGAUAUGUGCCAACAACAGCCCAAUGACAAACGUGUCUGGAACAUCCUGCUCUUGUUGUCUGGACUACCUAAACUGAAGAAGGGCUCUGACAAUGUAUUUUGUGACAUUAAAAAUGGUGUCCCCGAGGACAAGGUGGUGAGAACAGCUGUGAAUAGUGUAUGGAAACUCCUGGCUCCCUGGCACUACUCCUCCAGAACUCACCAGCUGUUAUUAGUGGUUCUGGUGGAAUACAUGAUGCCUCAGAUGGAUUGUGCUAUUUACCUCACAGACUACUUCAUGGAUUGUUUGAACAGAGAUGAAUGUGAAAUAAGCAUGUUGGCCUUGCAAGGAGUUUUUAACUUAAUCAUCAAACACAACAUAGAAUAUCCUAACAUAUAUGGAAAACUUUAUCAAUUGUUUACAGUAGAGACAUUGAAGGCUAAGUACAAGACACGUCUGUUUGCGCUUGCUGAUGAAUUUUUAAGAUCCACGCACCUGCCACUGACACUUGUAGCAGCAUUUGCCAAGCGGUUCUCACGAUUACUCCUAGUAGCAUCACCGCCAGACAUGCUGAUACUUUUGACUUUUAUAGCCAACCUGCUGAUACGCCACCCGAAUCUCAAAUUCUUAUGUCACAAUCCCAAUGGGAAAGAUGUCGACGAUGAUGUGUACAAUGAGAGUGAGAAGGAUCCAGUCAAGAGUGGUGCGAGCCAGAGUCAACUAUGGGAGGUGAAGCUGCUGCAACAACACCCCUGUGAGAGAGUGGCCAAGCUAGCUCGGAGCAUCAGUGAUGACCUUCCAUCAGUCGAGUACCAGCUGGAGCCACUACUCGAUCUUACCUGGCAAAAGAUGAUAAAAAGAGAUAUCAAGAAUAUUUCUAGGAAGAUACCUGUAAUUGCAGAAAAGUUUGAAGAUAAGCCGUUAUCAAAUAAAAUGGAAGAAGCAAGACAAAAAGAAUUUAAAAUAUUAUUUUCUGAGAUUAGUAAAUUAUUUGUGUUUUAAGCACUAAUUUAAAAAUAUUCCUGAAAAAGAUUAAAAAAAACCUUUUUGUACAUUGUUAACUGGACAUAAAAGUAAUGGAGAUGAAAAUGAGAAAGUACAAAUUUUACUUAGAAGUAUUGGUACUGUCCUAGCUGAUUUUUUAAGUGUAUACUUUAUGAAAAUUAUAUCUGCAAUAUAACGUUUUGUAAGUUAAACAAUGUACUUUGUUUUUAAUUUAAUAAACUAUUUUUUUAAUAAUAGCUUA